GAGAGUGCCAUAAAUUGAGACGACAUUUUAUAUUUAUUGGUUUGCAUUUUCAAGUGCGCAUUUACAAGUAAACGAAACGUUCGAUGAAAAUGAGGGUGUUUGUAAUAGUUUAUAUCAUAUAUGGAUAUUUUGCCUAUUUUACAUUCGCACAAAAUGGGACAAAUGAGACAGAGGGGCUCCGAUGUUACUAUUGCGCAUCAACGGGUGGGAACAACAAAUGCGAAGACUUUGAUACGUACAAAAAAGCGAUGGAAGGUAAAGGCAACGAAAGAGUGAAGAAAACGUGCACACCUCCAUACAAUAAAACAUGCAUAAUGGAAACUUAUGAAAUACUUGGGAACACCGUGUCACAUAUCAGAGGUUGCAGCGACAAUGAACACUUCUCCUUCCUUUCAAGUCUUUCAUAUAACAGAAGCGCAUACCAGCGUCUGGAGGAUCUCAAGAUAAACAACGAGACCGCGUGCGUAUGGGACGGUCAACAUCUCGUCUGCUUAACCAAAUGUGAUACAAAUUUUUGUAACGGCCCUCAACUUAAGGAAGUAAUAAAUAGUGCCACUGUGAUCAACCUGUCUUCAAUUUUAAUGUUUGUUAUAGUUUUAGCAAGCAACAUAUUUCACCGAAAGUAAAAAAGGAGAAAAUCAGUGAUUUCCAUAUAAAGUAAAAGAAAAAAUUCAAGAUAAAAUGAGUGUAUGCAUUUUAAAAAUAGGGAUGUAAAACUUCAUUUAAACAUUUAAGAGUUUAUGUUAAGUACUUAAAAACGUAAAUCUAAUAACAAUAGCAUCAACCAUAAAAAUACUGUACUUAUUUAUAAAUAAGAUAUGUUAAGCAUUGUUAUAUGUCUUAUAUUUUCCAUUUCAUAUUUAGCCAAAAGACAUUCUUUCUAUAUCUCUAUUUACCUAAGUGUUUCAUCUUUUUAUAUGAUACAAUGAAGAAAUUAAUGGUUCGAAUUUUCAAUAUGUGUUGACUAUUAUCUAAAAUAAUAUUGCAUGUCUAUAUUCAAAGAUAAAAACGUUUUCUGUUGACUUUGGUCAAUUUUAUUGCUAUUUAUUAUUCUAAAGCCCCAAACAUAAUACAGAAAAGUUUCGUUUUUUCUCCACGAUUCUUUCAAUCCUUUACAAAAAUCACUUUGGUAUAAAAAUGCAUCAUUGUUUGUUUGUUUAUGUAUUUGUUUGUUGUUUUUUGUUGUCUUCCCUUUUCUAUUCUACUCGAGCUCUGUGACAAUUGUAUUAUAAUAAAUACAUGUAGUAUGUUCACCAUUGAA